AUGCGUCUAUCGCUCUCCAAGUCGCUGCUUGCCCUGGCGGCGACCGCCCUGCCCUUGGUCGCCGCCGACGAUGAGCGCCGCAUCGAGUCCAGGUCGCUCAACCCCUGCAUGUCCAACUCCAGCUUCUCCGCCACGCUCUUCCAGGUGACCUUCACGCCCGCCAACCGAAGUCUCGCCUUCAACAUCGAAGGCAUCUCCAACAUCGCCGGCAAGGUCGAGGCUGAUCUGCAGCUGCUCGUCUACGGCUAUGUCGCCCUGGACGAAGUGCUCGAUCCCUGCGGCAACGACGAUCUGUCCGGCAUGUGUCCCAUGAACAGCGGCCCUCUCACCAUAAAGUCCAACCUGGACAUUAGCCAGGACAUCAUGGGCUCCAUUCCCGGUAUCGCGUACACCGUCCCCGACCUGGACGCCGUUGUCCGCAUCAAGAUCAGAGACCUGGACACAAAGGUUCAGCUUGCCUGCGUCGAGGCCGAGCUUUCCAACGGACACUCGGUCGAGCAGAAGGCGGUCGCCUGGACAACCGCUGUCAUCGCCGGCCUCGGUCUUGUCGCCUCUGCCGUCACCUCCGGACUGGGACACUCCAACACGGCCGCUCACGUUGCCGCCAAUGCCAUGUCGCUGUUUGGUUACAUGCAGGCCCAGGCCUUCAUUGGCAUGACCGCCGUGCCUCUGCCUCCCAUCGUCGCUGCCUGGACCCAGAACUUCCAGUGGUCCAUGGGUAUCAUCCGUGUCGACUUCCUCCAGAAGAUGGCUACCUGGUACCAGCGCGCGACAGGAGGUACCCCUACCACCUACUUGUCUCAGCUGGCCUACAUCUCUGUCGAGGUCCAGAAGCACAAGAAGGCGAAGCGUGCCAUGGAGGGGAUCAAGUUCGCUACACGCGCUGUCCAGCGUCUCAUGAACCGCAGUAAUUCCGCCGCCACCGAAGCCCAGGCUGGUGGCCAGCGUCUUGUCUUGCACGGCAUUGAACGCGUUGGCUUCAAGGCUCGCAUUGAGACGACCAACAUCUUCUUCACUGGAUACACCUUCUUCAUGAUCUUCGUUCUCUUCACCAUCAUUGGUGUCGUCGCCUUCAAGUUCAUCUGCGAGGGCCUGACCAAGGCGGGCAGGAUGAAGGGUGACAAAUUCAUCGACUUCCGCAACGGCUGGCGCACUGUGCUCAAGGGCAUCUUGUUCCGUGUCGUGCUGAUCGGCUUCCCUCAGAUGAUGAUGUUGGGCCUGUGGGAGCUCACUCGGCGCGACUCGGCGGGAGAGGUCGUCCUGGCUAUCCUCACCAUGAUCACCAUGAUUGGUGUUCUUGGUUGGGCCUCCUCCAAGGUCGUUCGCAUCGCGCAGCGCUCCAUCGCAAUGCACAAGAACCCCGCCUACAUUCUUUACUCGGAUCCCGUCGCUCUCAACAAGUGGGGUUUCUUGUAUGUCCAGUUCAAGGCUGCCGCGUACUGGUUCAUCAUCCCGUGGCUCACCUACCUCUUCAUCAAGGCCAUGUUCGUCGGUCUUUCUCAGUCCAGCGGGACCGUCCAGGCUAUCGCACUGGUCAUCAUCGAGGCCGCCCUGCUCAUCGGCGUCUCUGUCCUUCGCCCAUGGAUGGACAAGAAGACCAACGGUUUCAACAUUGCCAUUGCCGCUGUCAACUUCUUGAGCGCCAUCUUUUUGCUGAUGUUCACAGAGGUCUUCAACCAGCCAGGCAUAGUGACCGGAGUCAUGGGCGUCAUCUUCUUCGUCUUCAACGCUGCCUUCUCUCUCAUUCUACUCAUCAUGCUCCUCGUUUCUUCCGGAUUUGCCCUUUUCUCCAAGAACCCCGACACACGCUACCAGCCUAUGCGCGAUGAUCGCGGUUCGUUCAUCAAGUCCCAAACCCAAUUGACAACCGAGCUCGAUGCCCUGGGUGCGACUGCACGUGGAGAGGGCAAGGGUACACAUUCCCGAAGCCGCAUCGAUGAUGAUGACGACUACUCUUCUGAGGAGCAGCGCCAACUCGCUGCCAAGGAAGGCGGCUUCAACGAGCACUACCAACCCGCACCUCCCCGCAGCCCUGCUAGCACCACUCAUACACAACACGCACCGCCCUCGUUCUAUGAUCGCAGCAACGCCAGCCCAGCCCCCUCGUACGGGCAGGAGGGCAGCGUGCGAAGCGACGUGCAACAGCGAGCGGCCAACAACUCUAGCCCAUGGCAACGAGGUGCUGGCUACGACCAUUGA